AUGAUUCUGCGAGCACAACUCGCAAACCCAAACUAUGGCCCAGUGCCUGGGCAAGACCCGCUGUACAGCUCGUAUAGGGGCAAGGCUCCUCCUUUCCCGGCAGAUAUCACCGAUCCCAUCAAGCCCACCGCCGAUGGCCCUCCGGGAAUCGACGACCUCGUUUGGCAGAAUUUACUCUCUGCUGAGUGGGUCAUCUUUUCGUUCUACCAGAAGGCGGUAGAGAUGUUCAAUGCUACGGCCUUUGUUGAGGCUGGCUACCCCAACACGACAUACGAUCGUAUUCAAGAGAUCCGUGAUAAUGAAGCUGGUCAUCUGCGGAUAUUCCAGAACGAAAUUUCCGCCACUUCUGUCAAGCCUGGGGCUUGCAAAUACUCAUUUCCGUUUGACGGCCCAGCAUCCUUUCUGGCGCUUGCAACAGUGAUUGAGAUUUCGAGCAUGACUUUCCUGACAGGGCUUGUUCAAAUGGCUAAGCUGCCUACCGCUCAUGGUGCCAUGGUGGCGAUUGCUGCUACAGAGACGCGGCACGAGACGUGGACUCUUCUCGACAUCUGGAAGACAAAUCCAUUUGCGGGCCCUUCUGACACCGUCUUUCCUUAUGCUAACGAGAUUCUCGACUUGACCAAUGCAUUUAUUGUUCCUGGGAGUUGUCCGCCUGAAAACCCCAUUUACCCAUUACCAAGACAGAAUCUGCCUCCCUUUUCUCCAGCACGCUCGACCAAAUCAAUGGAGCCGGGUAGCAGCAUCGUCCUGAACUUUACCGACCCAACCAAUCAACCUAAUUUCCGCCGGGGUAUACAGUAUUACGCAACUUUUUUCCACGGUCCCUCUAACAUUAGUGUACCGCUUGAUACAGCUGGUUGGCCCCAUACGGAUAUUGAAGUUAGGAUUCCAUCUCAUUUUGAAGCGCGAGGUAUUAUUAUCGCUGUAGUGACAGAUAAGAUUGGUGCCCCGACUUUAACGACUGUCAAGGCUGGGCCAGUUGUGCUUCUUGAACAACCUGCUGGACUUGGCUUGAUGACAUUGUAA